CGAUAUGAGUACUCAAUUCGAAACAAUAAACCCAGAUGGGUCUGACCCAAGCUUAACCUAUUGAAUCUUAUCAGUUAUCAUCGUCUUCCUCCUUGCAGUUCUUCGUUCGCGCCUAGCCCCACCACACCCCUCAGUUUUCGGAGGAAGGGUCGAAGCCAAAACUUCAUAGACGGUAGAGGCGGUAGAGAGAUUAAUUUCACGGCCGACGGGAGAGAGCAGAGGUUAGUGGUGCUAGAGAGAGAACUCUUCACCAAUUCCUUCUCCUCCUCCUUAUCCCCCUCAAGAACUGCUCAAGGAGCUUUUCACGUUCUUUGAUUGAGAGAAAUCUUGCAAGUGAAGGAAAACCAGAAACUGAAGGAUAGAUUAUGUUCUUCUAUUCAAUUGCUCUUCUCCAUCUUGCCAGUCGUGGAAGCGCUCCCUCUUUUGAUAAUCCAGGCACUUCCAGUACUAGAAGCAAACAAAUGAAGAAACUGCUAGCUCUAGGAUUCGAGGGUUCCGCUAAUAAGAUUGGAGUUGGUGUCGUUGCACUAGAUGGCACAAUCCUGUCAAACCCUCGCCACACCUACAUCACUCCUCCCGGACAUGGCUUUCUCCCCCGAGAAACCGCUCACCACCACCUCCAGCACGUGAUUCCUCUUGUCCAAUCUGCUCUGGAGGCCGCCCAAGUGACGCCCGACGAAAUUGAUUGUCUCUGCUAUACCAAGGGCCCUGGGAUGGGCGCACCAUUGCAGGUCUCGGCCGUGGUUGUUCGGGUUCUCUCGCUGCUCUGGAAGAAACCAAUCGUUGCGGUUAACCACUGUGUCGCCCACAUUGAGAUGGGUCGGGUUGUGACUGGGGCACACGACCCGGUUGUGCUCUAUGUCAGUGGUGGGAACACGCAGGUGAUUGCAUACAGUGAAGGGAAGUAUCGGAUUUUCGGGGAGACGAUUGAUAUUGCUGUGGGGAACUGUUUGGAUCGGUUUGCUAGGGUUUUGCAGCUUUCCAAUGAUCCUGCCCCUGGAUAUAACAUUGAGCAGGUACUUGCCAAGAAAGGGGAGAAGUUUAUAGACCUUCCCUAUGCUGUCAAAGGGAUGGAUGUUUCCUUUAGUGGGAUAUUAAGCUACAUCGAAUCCACUACUGAGGAGAAGCUAAAAAACAAUGAAUGCACUCCAGCGGAUUUGUGCUACUCUUUGCAGGAAACAGUGUUUGCCAUGCUUGUGGAGAUCACAGAACGUGCAAUGGCUCACUGUGACAAGAAAGACGUUCUUAUUGUUGGUGGUGUGGGUUGUAACGAGCGGUUGCAAGAGAUGAUGAGAACGAUGUGCAGUGAACGGGGAGGGACGCUGUAUGCAACUGAUGAUAGGUAUUGCAUCGACAAUGGAGCUAUGAUUGCGUAUACUGGUUUACUUGCCUUUGCACAUGGUGGAACGACUCCGAUAGAGGAAUCGACGUUCACCCAGAGGUUCCGGACUGAUGAUGUCGAUGCAAUUUGGAGAGAGAAGGAGACUAUAGAUGGGAAUGGCAGUGGGAGAUAGCACUUAAAUUAAAGCAACAUCCAUGGUAUGCACUUCUAGGCCUUGUCAGAAUCAACGGGAGCGAUUGACACUUGACAGUGGUUGUGGAGUUAAAAUUCUAGUCAUAGAUCAAUUGCUUUUGUUCGAGAGAGAACAUGAGGAGAACAGAAGUAUUGUAGGAUUUAUGUAGUUAUGGUGUAUGCCUGAACCUUUUUUCUGGUCCAUGAAAGGACUUGUCAUUGAAGUGAACAUCUUGUAUGGCGCAAAGGAAUGAUGGUGGUGAAUCCCAAUUGGAUUUCCAGAUUUUAUUUGUGUAUCGUCUAGUAUUUGGAGGUCAUGUGAAGUCUCUACUGAUGUCCACUUCACUUGAAGUUGUAAUCUGGUUAUCAAAGAUCAAUGUAAUGGGAAUUGGGAAGUGAUAAGUGGAUGCCAAUACCUACUAUUAAGCCUUU